AUGGCGGCUGUUCAUCAGACCGUGUCUUAUGAAGACUUUCAGCUACAAAUCUCGCAGCUACCACAGGGGCUCCUAGCUCUCGUCCAUCUUUACUCGCCAUGGACAGAGUUCAAGUCUAACAACGCCCCUCAAUUUUCCAAGCUCGCUUCCAAGUACCGCGCAAACACGAUAUCUUUUAUCGCUGUUAAUACGAAGUCUAUUCCAGAGGUUCAUCGCCAAUACGAGAUAAAGACAGCUCCUCGUAUACUUCUCCUACGUGACGGUACUCUACUUGAAGCCAUCCAAGGCAUCGAUUUCGAUGCUGUGGAAGCCACAGUGGCUCGGAACGCCGAUAUUGAGCGGCUUCCUGGCAUGACACAGGAACAAAUAUAUGAGCAAAUCGCAUCAAUAGUAGCAAAGCAACCUCUUAUGCUGUUUAUGAAGGGCACACCACAACAGCCAAGAUGCCGCUUCAGUAUGCGCAUGGUCAAGCUACGGGCUAAACACAACGUGGACUACGGGUCUUUUGAUGUCCUCGAGGAUGAAGAUAUCCGUAUGCACGUAAAAGAGUACGGCGAGUGGCCGACGUUUCCACAGCUAUGGGCAAAUGGUGCUGUUAUUGGCGGAUGUGGAUGUGGUGAGCGAAUUGUAUUUUACAAGAGGUAUCAAAGUUAA